CCCGCCUCUUCGCCGACUCCUCCCCGGUUCGGCUCAGCGCAUGCGGGCCCCAGAAGACAAGAACCGGAGGUUAUGGCGCUGGCCAGUGCGAGGCUGUCGCGUUACCUGCUGCUGCUGGCGCAGGAGAACUUAGAAUUCCGGCUGGCGGAAAUAAAGUCUCUGAUCUCCCUCAGUGGUGGACAAUUUAGUAGUCAACUGGAAUCAAACCUAAAUUCUCCAUUUUGGAUUCUCAGCUUACUUUCAGAAGAGAUGGCUAGAGGACUAAUGAAGCGGACUGUAUGUGCCAAGUCUAUAUUUGAAUUGUGGGGCAGAGGAAAAUCUAUAGAAGAACUGCACUUGUCACUGAAGAACUAUCCAGUAGAGAAAAUGGAGCCAUAUCUACAGUCAAACUUAACGUAUAAAAUAAAGGUUCAUGCUUUCAACAAAAGGCUAACGCAACAAGAGAAAACUGAAAGAAUAGAAUCUCUAGAGUUUUUACCAUUUAAAGGAAAAGUGAAUUUAAAGAAACCAGAUCACGUUUUUUGGUUUAUGGAAGAUUAUGGAACAGAUCCAAACAACAUACCAAAACAACCUCUUCAUUUAUAUUUUGGUAGAUGGAUUGCCAAUGGACAAAGGGACCUUAUUGAGUCAUACAGUGUAAAAAGAAGACACUUCAUUGGGAACACAAGCAUGGAUGCCUGCUUGGCUUUUAUCAUGGCAAACCACGGAAAAGUAAAAGCAAACGAUACUGUGUUUGAUCCAUUUGUGGGAACAGGUGGGCUUCUUAUCGCCUCAGCACACUUUGGAGCAUAUGUAUGUGGUACGGAUAUAGAUUAUAGCACAAUACACGGGCUGGGUAAAGCCAGUAGGAAGAACCAGAAGUGGAGAGGACCUGAUGAAAAUAUUAGAGCCAACCUUCGCCAGUAUGGUUUAGAGAAUUACUACCUUGAUGUAUUAGUUUCUGAUGCCUCAAAACAAAUAUGGAGGAAGGGAAUGCAAUUUGAUGUGAUCAUCACAGACCCUCCUUAUGGCGUACGGGAAGCCACCAGAAGAACGGGUUCACAGAAAGAAAUGACCAAAGAAAGAGGCACAGAAAAUCACAUCUCCAUUUCUUCAAAUUAUCAUCUGAGUGACAUCCUUUUUGACCUAUUGAAAUUUGCGGCAGAGUACCUGGUGAUUGGAGGAAGGUUGGUCUACUGGCUUCCUGUGUACAAACCAGAAUACACCGAAGAGAUUAUACCCCGGCACCCAUGUCUGAAACUUAUUAGCAACUGUGAACAGACACUUUCCAGCCACACGUCAAGACACCUGAUAACCAUGGAAAAGGUGAAGGAAUUUGAGGAUGAAGACCGUUCUUGUAACAUUUUGGAAAGCGAGUACCUGUUUUACAAAAGUCACAAUUCCUUUCGUGAGAAAUAUUUCAGUGGAGUGACAAAGAGGAUUGCCAAGGAAGAACAAGACAACCAGAAGUAAUUUUUUUUUAAAAGACUGAAACAAAGGACUUAACAGGACUUGCAUUUGGCUGUUAAAACAUCUGGACCACAACAUUGUAUGGAUGCUUCAGAGAGUAAAUGCUGGUUUUAAUUUUUAAAAACUUGAAGCAAAAACCACAACAUAAGAACAGUUUUUUUUCAUUAGCUUUGUUUAUAACAGAUUUUAUUGCACAACAUUUUUAUCCUUAUUUAUUUUUGUAUUUCAAGUCCAAAUGACAAUUGACUAUAACCUUUAUCACUACUAUUUUUUACUCCAUUAUCUCUAGCAAAAACUAAUAGUAUUGUUUGGCUUCUUAAGCUGUGAACAUCUGGAAGUCUUAGAGAUGUAUAAUAUAAUCAAGAAUUUCUUAGUCAGAAGAUUAAUUUCAUUUGUUUUCUUCUUUUGUAACUGACACAUAAUAAAGACAACAAGGACUGUUGUGAGUUAUUUAAAAA